AUGCCCCCAUCCCAGUUUACCGCCGCCUUUCUGCCUUGUCCCACCCCUGAAGACCGCAGUCAACGGCUCGCGAGCAAAGGUGCCUUCAGCAAAGUCCCGGCCAGAGCGGACACGAACGAAGAGAUAUACAAGCCGAUGGCUGCGGCUUUGGACCAUGCGACCAAACACAAGUCCCGGUGCCCCGGCUUUGUCUUCGAGAUUGCCGCCACACACAGCGUACGCCAAGACCGCCGCGGAUUCAUGAAGCCCGAUAUCUGCUGUUACACCCGAAGCAACCACGACAUCGUUCGAGCGGCGGAGCCCUCAUGUCGGGUCGACUUUGGCUUUGCCGAGCUGUUCAUCGACAUCUCUCCUGACCCCGCGCGCGACGCGUUCACCGACCCUCCGAGGGGCUCAGUAGACCACGAGCUCCUGUCGUUUUCGCCCAGUAAUCGCAAAAACGUCUCCAUCCAUGACCUCUUUGGCCAGCACGUCUCCUACGUCGCGGAGAUCUUCGAUCGUCAGCCGCGAUGCUUCCUGUUCACCAUCAUCAUGCACGGCUCGCGAACACGGCUGCUGCGCUGGGACCGUGCAGGCUGCGUCGUCACGGAGGGUUUCGACGUGCGCACGCACCCGGACGUGCUCUGCGAGUUCCUCUGGCGAUUCUCGCAGACGACCGACGCGGGACGAGGACACGACACUUCCCUCCAAAUCGCCGACUACGAAGAUCUGGAGAAGGCCGUCGGGCAGCAUUAUGUCCCCGGUCGUGUCUACACAACGGACAUCCUCCAUCACCGUCUCUCCGCAGCCGAUGAGAACACGCGCAAGUUCGUCUUCUCUCGCCCAGCGGCGUCGUCCAGAUCCUUGGCUGGCCCUGGUACACGCGGCUACUGGGCAGUGGACGUCACAAUGAAGAAGAUCGUUUUCAUCAAGGACACGUGGCGGCAUAGCGGUGUGGAGGAGGUGGAAGGGGACACACUACGCCGUCUGGACGACAUGGGCGUACGGUUCGUUCCGUCUUUUGUUUGGCACGGGGACGUGUCGAGGAUGGAGGUGUACCCGGAGGAACGUCGCCGUUUGUCAAGUAGGCAUUUCACCGCCUUCCCCGGCUUCAUUUACGACCUCUGGAUCCAGUUCCUGCGCGAACACUCCUCCAGCCUGGAGACCAACAAUCGGCAAGAGCAUAUGAUGUUCAUGGACGACAGCCUGCAGGCGACUUCAGACACCAACGACCGAGAGCCGCUCUUCCCCGACACGACGACAGGUGAGCGCGCCGAGGCGAUCGCGAGGCAAGCUCGAAGGACGGCCCUCCUCGCCGAACGGGCAAGAGAAAAGGCCGAGGACUGGCCUCUCGAGGUUCUUAAUCGGUCGCCGGCGGACAUGAAGGAUCGUGAAGGGUACGACGAAAGUGCGUCGGAGGACCAGACGCUGGGUAAACGCGACCGGUCGCUGACUGAGGAGCAACCGAGUCCGGAGCGUCGAGUGAGCAAGCGACUCAAACUUUUGGUGUCGCUGGCGAAGGUGCGCGCCGCACCAGUCACUUUGCUCAGCUCUCACCCCGUUGGAUCGGUCCGUCGAGAUCCUGGCAACCCCGAGGGCUAG